AUGGAUCUAGUGCCUUACAUCUACUGCGAGAAGCAAGAACAAGGCUCGAUGUUAUGUGCCCAGCAUGCGCUCAACAAUCUGAUGCAAUCUCCCCUUUGGUCUCCACAGGACUUGGCUGAAAUCGCCCGGACGUUAGAUUCGCUCGAACGUUCUCAUUUACAACAGGAUGGUGGUAGUACGCGUGAUAAUAGCAAUGAGGGUAAUUCUAGGCUGGAGAAAAACUCCAACUAUGACGACAGUGGUUUUUUCUCAGUCCAAGUCAUCGACGAUGCACUUCAUAGACUAGGUUUGCGGAUCAUCAGGUGGAGAAGUGAAGAAAUGAAACCGAUGCAUGAUUAUCCAGAAAACCAAGAAGCUUUUAUAUUAAACCACGAUUUACAUUGGUUCACGCUUCGAAGAUUUGGCCACAGUGUUGAUCGAUGGUAUAAUUUGAAUUCUAUGGACGAAGACUCGCCCAAAUGGAUUGGGCCCACUUUCCUAAGUAUGGCGAUUGCACAAGCAGAAGCUGAAGGAUACUCGAUAUUUGUAGUGAUACCGGUGCCGCCAUCAUCAGAACCGUCUGCGCCGCAACCGGGUAGUAUACUUGCAUGCGAGGCCGAUGAACAAGCACAUAUUUUAGACCAACUGAAUUACUCGUCAGGGGGAAGAGAGUCAAGGUCUACUGGGGAGACUUCUUCGACGCUGAGACGUCCGCGAGAAGAAGGGACAGAUGAGACCUCCCGAACACGAAUGCGGAUGAACACGGAGACGAGCGGGGUGGAUGAGCUGCCGUAUGAAGAGCAGAUCCGGCUAGCCAUCGAGGCCAGUCUGUCUCAGCCCACUGACGAACUCAAUCAGACAAAGGACCAGAAGGCUUCGACAACUCUCGCCCCAUCCAACUCGAAAGCAUACCCUCGCAAUACACAGUCGGACAAUAAUAAUUCCCCUGCUCAGACGCAGAACAACGCCGAGUUAUCCGCCGAUUCUGAUCUCUUGGACCAGUUACGUAGUCUUGAAGACAAAGAACUGGCUGCAGCGAUCUCGGAAAGCCUCGCAGAAAAUCCUUCUGAGCCAAAUCCAACAGACCCACUCCCAGCAAAUUCUUUCCCUCCCGUCUCGGAUGAAUUCAUUGACGAACCGACUCCCGAAGAGCUGCGUCAAAGACGACUUGCUAGGUUUUCUCAGAAUUGA